CAAGAUGGCCGUCGUUCUGUGAAAAUUUUCCGAAACCCGGUGGAAAAAUAACAUCAUUAUUCUCAUGUAUUUGAUGUUCUACCGCGGAGGAAACAUACAUAAAUUGUUCAGGGUUGACUAAGACAAAUCACCUAGAAUUGACUUACCCCCAGAAAUGAGUACUGCUAUAGUGUCUCCAUCCACACCCAGCUCAACGGAUGGUGACAUCGGUGCAUUUGGUGGCAUAGAUCACGACGAUAGAGGUGUUGUUUCACCUAGGCCAAUGAGCACAGACAGUAGCACUGGGGAUCUAGCAAUGCGUAGCACAAGUUUGGACUGCUCCCCUGAUGACAGCGAGGAUGCUGAAGAGAAGGCAAGACUUACUUGCCAAGUACUGGAGCUACAGAACACACUGGACGAUUUGUCCACCAGAGUUGACAAAGUGAAGGAGGAAAACCUGAAGCUGAAGUCAGAGAACCAAGUCCUAGGCCAGUACAUUGAGAAUCUCAUGUCAGCGUCCAGUGUUUUCCAGUCCACGUCACCAAAAAGCAAGAAGAAGUCUGGUAGUAAGGGAAAGAAGACGGAGAAGUGAGUCGUUCAUCAUGUGUGUGUGUGUGUGUUCACUGUUCUUGCAGAACAGUCCCAACCAACUGGAGAGGUACCAUGUGUAGAACUGCCACGUCGUCGUUGCUACUCGUCGCAUUCUUAGCACCAAAAAAAGACGCUUCGGUAAUUCUGCUCAUACCACAUGGUGGAGUUCUCGUGCGCAAAUCUCUCUCCCCAGUUCGUUGGCAAAAAACAAAAUCUUACUGUCGUUUUUAUUGAGAAAGUAUCCUUAACGAAAACAUGCGUCUUGGCGCGUCAUGGCGUCAUGAUGCAUGUGACAAUUAUGCAAAAUGCGUACUAGCUUAUUUGAAUGUCUAUUUAGCAUAACUUGUGUGGUCCAAUUUGCUUACAUUUUUUCAGUCAUGCGUGUUAAAAGCUGAAGGACCGAAUGAAUUGGGGAUAGAACUGGCUGGGUCAGGUGAUGGUCAAUAAACCCGCCAACAAAUUUAAAUAAAUAAAGGGUCACAGAUCAAGAGAAAAGCUGCGUAAUAUAAACCAUUCAUUGUAUCUGUAGGAAUCCAAAUGUUUGCAACCAGCGAGUGUAGUGCACUGCUACCAUGAUAGGCAUGCCGAUGUACAGUCGUACGAGUAAAGUAGUCUUUAAUGCAGAAGCAUAUAAACUAAUUAUGUGUUGCCUACUUCUCAAAACCAAAAUAUACCAACUAAAGCUUGUUACUGACUGCCAGUGUAGUUUAAAGUUAGGACGCGAGUAGACCAGGUGAAAUGCUUGAUCAUGAUUAACACUUUAAUAACAGUAAGAUUACCCACAUUGAUCCUCUGUUAUGUCAAACCUGUAAUCUUGCAAGGUGUUAUUAUUAAGAAAUGCUGAUGCAUCCAGCAUGACAAAGGUUUAACAUUGGUGUAAACUUAGACGACUUUAACAACAUGUUGCUUGCAUAAAGCUCAUUAUGUAGCGCAUAAUCCCUGCAGAUGCAACGUAGUACAACAUGUACAAUGUACUGUAAAACUUAUCUUUCUGUGUAUUUAGGAAGAUGGCUGUUCAAUUCCAGUCUCACAUGCUAAGGUCUUUUUUUUGGGGAGAUUUAGUACCGGUAAGUGUUUAUGAACACAGUACACUGUUUUUUUGCUAUGAACGUGUACAUGCACAUCAGUAGAAGGCAAACAAUCGUAGGUGGUUUCCAUGUACAUACAAAAUGCAGCGAAACUAUACCCAUGGUACCCCUUGUUUAAAUAAAAUUCAACCUCACUCUCCAUAUCAUCUUUGUCGCAAGUGUCCUGUAGCUUUAACACAUACAUGUACGUGUACAUGUACGUGCAUACAUACUAAGAUACAAAAAGCAUUACAAGGAAAUCACUCGAAGUGUUUUGCAAUGGCUUAAACACAUUGUAACAAUAGAUUGGCUUUAGUCGUCUCAGUAUGAGCAUUCUCAAGAUACAUGUACAUAAAGCUUAACGAAAUGUUGUGCAUAAACUAGUUGCUGACAAUUUCUCGGCUCCAAUUGGGAUAAGCAACUAUUGCAACCAUAUUUUCCUGAUGGGGGUAUACAAUGCAUCUACAGUGUCAUAGCCCCAUUUUCCAAACAGAAAAAUGCCACGUGCACAAAUAAACCAGUUGCUGACGCUGUUCUAUGGAUGUUUUACACAUAAAAGCACUCACUUGGCUGUUCAGUCAACAUGUCAUAAUUAUUCUCCCAAUGGGGGUAUAUCUACUCAAUGCCCUACUCCCCCAUUAACAUGUACAAUUUCCAGCAUGUUCUCACAUCUCAGUGUGAAUGGCAAUACAGCCGUUGUAGAGUAUAAUGUAGUGUAAUCACAGUUAUUUAACUAUGUGUACAGUGUAGAAAACCAAGUGCUGUAGUGUAAUACACCUUCAAGGUCAAGUCUGCAAGAAUUUGAAUCCCAAUAGUAUAAAUUCACUUUUUAAAAUUCCAAACGUGUUUCACUAUUAACAUCUUAGAAGUCGUUGUAUUUUUACUUUUUGGACAGAUCCAACCCUGAAUCUUGAAAAGUUUUAAGCUUCACAUCUUCGUUGAUAACGGACCACAAUUGUUUUUUAACCCCGAUAUUUGUAUAUGUUGUGCAAUAAUUUGACUCUUUAAAUAGUAGUAUUAUUUUUUCUCUGUACAUUGUUAUCAAUAGUAAUAAGACAUUUAAUGAAUUCAGCGUGUUUGGCUUUAUGAAGAAGUUACGGGUCUGUGCAGGGUUUAUGAGCUAACUUAGGAAUUUGUAAUAUUUGGGUUAACUAUCAUUCAAAAUCAAAAGGAUUUGUUUUCAAACAAAGAAGUUCUGCAUCAGUUACUGCUUUACUUUAUUCUAAGUUAUCCACAAGAGGUACACAAGAUCAUAUACUGCCCCCUAUUCAUGCAGUCAUCAUCUUUGAAAAGCUGAUGACUAAAGAAAACAACAACAUGCACACAAAACAAAAACUAUAAAAAUGAACUGUCUGCAACUAUUUUGUCAGCUCUACCAAUCCUGUUUAAAACCUUUAAGUCCUAUUCAUUAUGGUUUACUCAUAUAUAUUGUACAUCAACUCAGUUUUUCCACGAGUUUUGGGGAAACAAAAAAUCACAGAGAUAUUACUCGGUUGGGAUUCGAACCCACGAUAGAGCAGUGUCAUACCAAUUAGACCACCAAGAUUGCCCGGUAGCUAGAGGCAGUUCAAAUCCUAUCUUUAUGGUUGGUGGACCCUUUUAGAGCUCCUCAUCCAACAGGUGGAGUAUCAGUCCUGUUUGACUCAAUACUGAUUAAUCUCACAUGAUGGGCCACAUUGUUAGAUGAACAUCCAUCAAUGGAGCCAAGUAGUUUGCAUCUCCUACACGUAUUAGGAACCCUUGAACUUGCAAUUCUUUUCAUGGGGCGUCUUGAAAUUUCCUUAAGGAAGGUGAACUCUGGGAAGGAAAUUGUAAGCGUGGCAAUUCGAGGGGGCACUUGGGCGGAGCUAGGGGCGCCUUUUUAUCUUUAAGUCUAAAGUAAUGUCGAUAAGUCUGCAUUUCAUCCUCCUCUCUUUGCUUGUAUUGUAACCUAACAGUGAACAUUGAUACAAAAGCAAAGUGUGGUGAUAAGUUCAUGGGCAGUUUAAUUUAUUAUUAGGAAUAAAAGAUUACAGAUAUCAAUAUUUUUUUUUUUUAAUCUGGCCACAUCUGGACCACCCUCUCUGAUGACAAGUUAAACAAGUUUUUUCUUUCAGAAGAUAAAUUAUGAAAAGUUUGUGGUUAGUUUUUUUUUUUUUUUUUAAGGCAAAGUAUACCUUUGGCUUUUUUAACUGUUCCAUUUUUUGUUUACUUCUAUUUAAAUAUAGAUAUACAAUAAAACUAACUCGCUAUUUCAAGAUAACGCAGAAAAUCUGAGCGGUCAUGUCCAGACGGGAAGAACAAUCUGAAAUGGGAAUGCACAAUCUGAGAAGCAUUUCAUGCAGAAAUGUUUCUCAGAAAGAAAUGUUUUUGAAUAAAGAUAAUCAAAGUACAUGUAUUAUAUUGCGCCGAUAUCCGCCAAUGCACACACUCCUUUGAAGGCCUUUGUUCCUCAAAAGUUGUACACCAUCAAAAGCUGCAGCCUUAACAAUUACAUUGAUGGUCAUUAACAUUGGGGGCGAUAAUCAUUGGUACAUGUAUACCCUACCUAACCUUUGAAGUAAAAAUAAAAGAAAAAUCAGACUUUUUCUUCAGGAUGGAUAUAGUGUAAUUGAAGAUUAUAAUUACAGUGUAUUAGGAAUUUUGAAGUACCAAGAAAUUUCGUCCACAUUCUACAACAAAUACAGUGUGAUAAAGUGUCUAUUCAGAAAGCACAUAUCAACCCUACCAAAUUUAGUCUAAUGUAUUCUUUUGUUUUUUAUAAAGCAUUUAGGAAAUGCCCAGGAAACUGUUUUUCGCUGCAUUUUUUUUAAUUCUUAGUUACUUUACAAUUUUUGUAUUAAAAAAUAUUAUUGUUUUUGUACAUUGAAAAAAAAAAAGUCAGAACAGUCAUCCAGCAGUCUUAUUUAAACUUGUAGACGUCCUUCUCAUUGAAUGCUUCCUGUCCGAAUGAAAAACAGUUCUCUUCAGACCUAUGUACAAAUCAAACCCAAGGCAGCAACCUAAUCAUAUCUCAUUUUAGAAUCGCCUUGGUUAGGUGCUCCAUUGCUGACAAGUGUUGAUUUCAGUAAUAGCCCAGGCAAAGAAAGAAGUAUAGUUUUUCAUUAAUAUAAUAAGUUGAUAGUGAAUAUUAUGUGUUAAUUUUCUCGUUAUAUUUUGUUUAGGUUUUUCUUCAUGGAGUAUCCAUUGUAAUUUACCCAAUCAACACAGUAAUUAGGCAAACUGUCAAUAACUGUGAUUAAUUCAUGUGUCUUAACACCGGGGGGGGGGGGGGGGGAAUUACAUGGUGCUGCUAGCUGUGGAUUCUGUGCUUAAGCCUGGCCAUGAUGCACGGCUUAUAGGAGUCCACAUUAUUAUUAAGGGCACCAUAAACCCACAAUUCUUUGGUAAGCAGUGUGAUGCAAAACCGGCCUAAGCAGACUUUUUUGCUUACAUUUUCUGCUCAGCAAAGUUUGCAGAAUUCCGGUAAAAGAAAACAUGGUGCUUAUAGACAUGGUAUUUAGCUUGCUGACCGUUUGAUAAGCACUGGACGUUCGGUGCUUUCCUAAACAAAACAAACCCACCAGCUACUAUUAAGAUCACAUGUGGGUUUUGCCAGGCAUUUGAAUUUGUCCUUCCCUUUUCUCCUUUAAAGUUGGGCCCAUUUUCACAGAGCUGCUUAAAACGCAACAUUUGAGCACAACCAAUGUAUGCUUACAAACAUCAGUAAAAUGUUAAAAACCAAAUAUAAUUAUAUCUGUAUACUACUGCCUUUACCAUCAAAGUUAAUACUUGUAGGCCUACUAAUCACAAUUACAUGUGCAUAUCACACUAUGGCCCAAUAUCAUGUUUCCACUUAACCGCAUAGUUCUGCGCUUACAGCUCCAAGAUUCAUGUGCUUUACAGGGCACAGCUUUAAGCACAGAUGCUUGGUUAGCAUUACGAUAAUAAUAUAUAGUAACUUUUAAAUGAAUAGGUAACUUCAUGGGUGUCUUCAUCAUCAUCAAUUCUACAUCAUGUCAGUUUGUAAGCAAAUUUGUGUGUUGAGCACGAAUUUCUCUGAUGAGAGUUUAGCAUAUAUUAUUUUGCUGAGCAAAACUUAGAAGGGUACCAACACCAAAAGAUGUACUUAACAUGCUGCUUGGCUGAUAACCCACUGUUUAUAAGCACUGUUCUAUGCUCAGCAUUAAAUUUCACUAAGCUGUUUUGCAGAAAUUGAUUUGCUAAGCAAAACUUUGCAGGGAACCAACAACAAAAAUUGUACUUUACAUUGUAUCUUGGCUGGCACUUACCUCCGCUAAGCAAGAGUGUUAAUGUGCUUAGUGGGCUUGAUUGCCUGAGAGCUUUUUGAACAGUGUUUUUCUGAAUAUAUUCCUGUGGGUUGAUUGUAUAAUUUAUCAUCUUGAAGAAAUGACUAUUUCAUAUGAUUCUAGAGAGAAACCUGCAUAGACACUGCCUUAUAAAUUAUUUCGCUUAAAUCCCGUAACACCUAAAUAAUUCAAUGUGUAACUGUAUUAAAUGUGGAGUUAAGCAAAAAGAAAUCUCCUGUACAAAUAAUGUAGAGUCUCUAUUUAAAGUAGGCUUUCAUGUUUAUCUCUAAAAAGUAAUCUUCAUUUUAUAAGGUUAUUUUUUUGUUUUUAAGUCUUGCCAUAAUCAUGCAAGUAAUGACAGUGUCUACAAAUAAAUUGUGGCUGUGAAUUAAUAAACAAAAAUCAAUGUAAAA